UUCAGCUUCUCACACGAUCGCCAGUGCCCAGUGCACACAGCGGUAGAGUGGCAGAACCAAGCGAAACCAUUCGGCCGCGGCGCGCGCGCGGGACGGCGGCGGGCAUGGACUGGCACGCGUGGCUCUCGGGAGCGCGGCUGGAGCCGGCGAUGGUGUACGAGUACGCGUUGGUGUUCGCGCGCAACGAGCUGGAGGCGGACGACGUGGCCUUCUUGGACCACGAGAUCCUCCACAGCAUGGGCAUCUCCGUUGCCAAGCACCGCCUCGAGAUCCUCAAGCUCACCUGGCGCGACCGCGGCCUCGGCCGCGGCCGCGGACGCUCGUCACACUCCCCGCCCGCGCUGUCCCGCCUCCUCGACCGCGUCGCCAGGUACGUGCGCUCGCUCGUGCGCCGCGAGGAGUCCACGGCGCUCGUGCUCGUCCCGUGCCAGCAGCAGCCCGACGACCUCGCGGGCGGCUCGAAGCGCCGUGGCAAGAAGGCGCUGAGGAGGGCCAAGUCCGAGCCCAAGGGGUCCACGCCGAGAGCCACCAUCGGCGGGAGGGGCGCCGCGGCGGUGCACGCUAUGAGGGACGUGGAGAACGGCGCCGGCGCCGGCGAUGACGUCGACGGGAUGGUCAGGUGGGACCGCUUGUUCCAGGACCUGAAGCCCAACUGACGUCAUGAUCAAGUGUUGCAUGGAGGAGCAGUCUUACUGUGCUAUGUGCUUGCGUUUGACAGCGAACAAGUAUAGUGUUGUUGUGCUCUACUACAUAGUUCUGCUUCUGUUGAUUCUAUCGGACGCUUUGUUUGCUUUGCUUUUGUCGUCUGAUGGCUCGCCUUUAGGUUGUUGCUGUACAAUAAACACGGUGAUUUCUGCUUC